AUGGCUCCAGUAUCUCCUGACUUGUCGGCCAAGUAUACAGUGCUGCAACUGAGUGUCAUCUCGUCAAGCAGCAUCUCCAACCGAACGACGUCCCUGAUCGCGCACAUCAAGUCGACGCCGGGCGACAGCAAACCUGCCAUCGUCGCUCUCCACGCCAAAGCUCCCGUCGCCAACAAGCUCAUCAGCGUUGUCGAAAUCGCAAAGAGAGAUUUGAAAGAGAAUGGAUUGAAAGUCUACCAAUACAAUUCCCUUGGCUCCGAAUUGAUCCAGUCCACCCCUUCUGCCACCAAGGACGCGACCAAUCAAGAUGCCGUGAGCGAUGACGAGCCCGCUUUCGAGAAGAUCGAGCAGAGAACCGCCGUCAGGAACGUGCCCACCAUGACCACCUACCUGAGUCUUGUGCCCAUCAAGGAGCUUAAACAGGCCUAUGGGUAUGAUAUCUCCUGUUCACCACAUAUCGUUCUGUAUCUUGCUGACACCUUGUUUUGCAGCGAACAAAUCGGUUGA